AGUAAAGGCGAUAUGUGAACUAUUUGUGAACGUGGAGCGUCGACAAUGGAAAGCGGUGAGUGACACAAAUAUAGCCACAAAGUACACAAAUCACAAAAAUCAAACAGGAUUCUACAACUAUAAAUAAAACUAUCAAAUCCAUAUAUAUAUUAUCUUAUCUUACGAGUGUAAUUCACAAUUACCAAAUUUGAAUUUGAAGACAUGAAUAAAACGAGCAAAACCAUGUCUCUUCUUACAAUUGUUUUGUUAAUGAUUCCCUUUUUUCUUGUUUCACCAUGUAUAACUUCACAUGAAAAUCAAUCUUCAUUAUAUACAACCAAUAAGAAAAAGCAUGAGAUAUCCCAUUUUCGAACACUUAAUCGAAGGAAAUUGAUUGAUUGUCCGUUACAGAAACUUUAUCGUAACAUUAAGAUUACAGUUGACGCUGUUUCGCCUCUAGCGGAUGAGCAGAAAAUUGUUGUAACUGUAUCCGGUAUAUUCUUCCCUUCAGACAGGCUCUGGGUUUCAAUGAUCACUCCUGCUGAUUCUGACGUCCGUGAUUGCCCUUUAAACAAAUUUUGUUAUGUCGAAACUGGGGAUUUGAGCAAGCUUCCUCUUCUCUGCCAUUACCCUGUUAAGGCUGCCUACUUGAAGAGUGAUCCAGACUUCUUACCUUGUAAGAAAAGUGUAUGCAAAAAGUAUGGUGCUGACGGGAAGUGCAAUGUUAAAACAUGUAGUGCAUCAUUGACAUUUCAUGUGAUCAACAUACGGACAGAUAUCACAUUUGUGCUAUUUGACAAUGGUUUUGAUACGCCGUGCAUCUUGAAAAGGACUACUACACCCCUUCGUUUUGCUAAUCCCAACAAGCCACUCUAUGGCCACAUUUCUACCGUUGAUUCUGCAUCUACUCUGAACAUGAGAGUAAGAUGGGUAAGUGCAAGUAAGGAACCUCAACAAGUCCUGCUUGGUGAUGGCAAAUUGGUGAAUUCGGAUGUUACCACUUUCACUCAAAAGGAUAUGUGCGGUGGUGCAGCUAAGGAUUUUGGAUGGCACGAUCCAGGUUACAUACACACAGCUAUCAUAAGUAACCUACAACCUUCGGUAAAUUAUUCUUACAAAUAUGGGAGUAAUGCAAGCGGAUGGAGUGAUAAUAUACAGUUUCGAACACCACCUGCCGGAGGAUCAAGUGAAGUCAGGUUUCUAGCUUUCGGCGAUAUGGGAAAGGCUCCACGAGACUCCACUUUGGAGCAUUAUAUUCAGCCAGGAUCACUGUCAGUGGUGGAUGCAAUGGCUGAGGAAGUAGGGUCAGGUGCAGUAGAUACCAUUUUUCACAUUGGUGACAUAAGCUACGCAACAGGGUUCUUAGUAGAAUGGGACUACUUUCUUCACCUUAUCACGCCAUUAGCUUCUCGAGUAUCCUACAUGACGGCUAUUGGAAACCAUGAAAGGGAUCAUCCAAACUCAGGGUCAGUGUACAACACUGCGGAUUCUGGUGGUGAGUGUGGAAUAGCUUAUGAAACUUACUUUCCAAUGCCAACACAAGCCAAAGAUAAACCUUGGUAUUCCAUUGAACAUGGUCCUAUUCAUUUCACCGUCAUCUCCACUGAGCAUCACUUUCACCCCUAUUCCGAACAGUACAAUUGGAUUAAAAGAGACAUGGCUUCCGUUAACAGAACAAGGACUCCAUGGCUAUUAUUUACUGGGCAUAGACCGAUGUACACCUCUGCAAAUCCGUCAUUCAUACCCAAUGUUGAUCAAACUUUUGUUAUAUCUAUUGAACCUUUGUUACUCCAAAACCAGGUUGAUCUUGUAUUAUUUGGGCAUGUUCAUAACUAUGAGAGAACCUGCGCUAUCUAUCAAGGGAAAUGUAUGGCUAAACCUUUUAAAGAUGUAAAUGGAAUUGAUACUUACGAUAACUCCAAUUAUAGAGCACCUAUUCAUGUAGUUAUUGGGAUGGCAGGCUUCACUUUAGAUGGUUUCUCAAAUACAAUAAACGAAUGGAGUUUGAAAAGGAUAUCAAUGUUUGGAUAUUCAAAAAUCUUUGCAACACGAAAAGCACUACAACUCCAGUUUAUUAACUCAAUCACAAGACAAGCUGAGGAUGCAUUUCAAAUAAUAAAAAAGUAGACACGAUCAAGCGGGCAAAAUUUCUAAUUCAAUAUGUUUGUGUUUUGAUUUGAUUCCUUGUGAGUAUUUUGUUAUAUAUGAUGGACCAGCAGCAUGGUGUACCAGCAGUAGCUUCUCUUGUUCUUUACAGCCUCGUUUAUGCUAUUACACAUCCAAGCAACUCAAGGAAUAUAGCCAAAACAAAUAGUAGUUCAGCAAGCAAGCUUCAGUUGAUAUUGUGUUUCUUCUAUUACUGAUCUGUGCCUUUCAUCAUCCAACGGUGUAGGAUUAUUGCUUAUCAACGGUGUAGAUUUGUUUUAGAUUUUAUGCUUAGAAUCCUAUGUAAUGUAUAUAUAAGCUAGUUAUAACUAACUUCUAAGGUUGUUAUAACAAAAUGCUUUGUAGCUUCUGUUUUCUUGAUUCGGCCUAUAUAUAGGCUGAUUGUAUUCAUUAUACCGUAAGCUUUUCAUUCUAAUAAAAUUUCUCUUGUUAGUCUUUUAUGUUGUU